UUAUCAUGCGUUAUCUUCAAUUUUUUCUUAGUAUAUAAGAGGGGACAAGAAAAAAUCAUCGUUACUAACGACAACACUUGCUAACAAACAUGGCAGCUGUUAAGAUUCUUGCGGUUCUUUUAAUCGUCAGCUCUGUCUUUGCGGAGAAACUAAUCAAGGACAACUGCAAACAAGGCCCCGGCUUCGAUGAGUGCAUAAAGAAAGCCGUGCAAGAUUUCUUCCAAAACUACAGUGGCGGUGUCCCCGACAAAGGAGUCAAACCUGUAGACCCAUUCGUCAUUGACCACAUCGAAGUUCACACCGAAGAGACAGGAACCAAAACCCACUUGACCAACCUUAAUGUUGUUGGAUUCAAGAACGUUAAAGUGUCUGAAUAUCAUCAUGAUGAGGCUGCAAGUAAAGAGCGAUUCACCCUAAAGUUCGACUUCAUUGCUGAAGGACCUGCCAGUUUGGAAUUCGUGAGCAAGGGCAAACACCUCUCCGGUACCGUCAAAUAUAAUGGAGGUGCAACCGGCAUCAUUUCCUACUCUUACUCGCUGAAGAAGGAGAACGGCCAGGAUGUGUACGAAAUCGGACCUGAGACCAUUGAGUGCCAAUCCCAGCAUGUCAAAUCUACUCCUAGCGAUGACUUGCAAAAGGCUUUCGACAGUGACCCUGAUGCGCAAGCGGUGAAAGACAAAUUCGAAGAAGUCGAGAGUGGACAUGAAGCAGAGGUUGUUUGCAAGAUCACCAAAGCCGUUCUCAAGCAGGCCGUUGAGAACCUGCGAGUUUCGGCCCGUCAAGGCGACAUUUAAUCUUAAUGUUUUUUAAUCAUUACAAUAAAUGAAAUUAUAAUGAA